CAUGAUAUUUUAAUCCGUAGAAACCGACAUUGACAUGAUAGCUUCGUGUAAGAUUUUGUUAUGGUAUUUCAAUGUUAAGGAAACUGUGUUUUAUAGAUAUAAACAAUAUACAGCAAUGUUUCUUACAAGGACGGAAUAUGAUCGUGGAGUUAAUUUGUUUUCACCAGAAGGAAGAUUGUUCCAAGUAGAGUAUGCUAUAGAAGCCAUAAAGCUUGGCUCUACUGCAAUAGGAAUUCGAACUUCUGAAGGUGUUGUUCUAGCUGUAGAAAGAAGAAUUACAUCUCCACUUAUCAUUCCAAAAAGCAUUGAAAAAAUAUACGAAGUCGAUUCACAUAUAGGUUGUGCAAUGAGUGGUUUAAUAGCUGAUUCUAGAACAAUGGUAGACAAAGCAAGAGUAGAAGGACAGAACCAUUGGUUUACCUAUAAUGAACCCAUGGCAGUAGAAAGUCUAACACAGUCACUUUCGAAUCUUGCUCUAGCUUUCGGUAAUAAAGAUUAUGACAAAGGAGCAAUGAGUCGUCCAUUUGGAGUAGCGUUAUUAAUAGGUGGCUUUGAUGAAAAAGGACCUCAAUUGUUUCAUUUGGAUCCAUCAGGAACAUUUCUACAAUACGACGCAAAAGCAAUCGGUUCGGCAUCAGAGGGGGCGCAACAGACACUACAAGAGGUUUAUCAUAAGUCGAUGACUUUGAAAGAAGCGUGUAAACAAUCGCUGGUUAUUUUAAAACAAGUUAUGGAAGAAAAACUCAACUCCACCAAUAUUGAACUCGCAACCAUUACAGUCGCAGAUAAAUUUAAAAUGUUUUCGAAAGAUGAGAUCGAAGCUGUCAUAAGUGAAAUGGCAUAGUGGGGAUUUGGAUGCUGUGUGAGUAGCAUGAGAUCAUGUGGUUUUAGGAGAAAGUGCUGUGAAGUCCAAUGUAUUUAAUUUUCUGUGAAAAUCAAGUUUUCCGUUAAA